AAUGGUUCCGCCCCCAACAGCGUUACGUUUAUGGGAAGUUGCUCAAUGUCGGAAAAGCCAAACACAUCACAAAAACAGAAUGAGCUACAAAAGUUUUUAAUUAACAUUUUCCCUUACGCUGAAUAUUUUUACUGUAAGGUGUUUAACAUCGAGUAAUAAUGGUGGUUAGAUAAACUAGGCUUUGUAAGAAAUGGAGAAGUCGCUGACUUCCGCUACUUAUCUCCGCAACAUCAGUUACGACUUACGUCGCGCGCUGUCUGACUUUUUGGACCCACAAGACAGAUGGAAAGACGUGAUUGUGUCCAUACGGAAGCCGGGCGGUGAGCCGCGGUACUCCCAGCUUCAUGUCAGGAGGUUUGAGGGGCUUGUGGCCCAGGGCAGGAGUCCCACUGUGGAGCUGCUGAACGACUGGGGGACCACCAACAGCACUGUAGGAGAACUGGUGGAUAUUCUGAAGAGUCGUGAUCUACUGGCUGCUGCCUGCCUCUUCCUCCCAGUUGAAGAAGUUUUCCCAGCUGAAACAAAGCAGCUCUCUGCAGCACCACCAGCUCCUCCAACCAGGCUGCUGGGGGAGGCAGAGACUCCCCCACCGUCCUCCAGCUCUGACCCACAGACGCAAUUACUGCAGGCAGACCGUGAAACAGGACACACCGGUUUCUCCAGUUUCUCAUACAGAGAGCUGAUGAGGAUCACUGGGAACUUUGACGACCGCUCAAUAUCAAAUGGAGGUCGCCGUCUUGGAAUGGGGGGCUUUGGAACGGUCUACAAAGGUUUCCUGAAUGUCAUAGCUGUGGCAGUGAAAAAACUCAAUCCAGUGGAAGACAUGCCGCUGGACAAGCUGAAAGUUCAGUUCGACCAAGAAAUCCAAACUUUGAAAGUGUUGAAACAUGAGAACUUGGUCGACAUGAUUGGAUUUUCCUGUGAUGAGCAGCAGCUGUGUAUCGUAUACGCCUUCAUGGCGAACGGAUCUCUGCUGGAUCGACUAGCCUGCUUGGACGGAAGUCCUCCCUUGUCCUGGAGACAGAGGUGUUUGAUAGCAGAGGGGACAGCCAGAGGGUUGGAGUACCUACACCUGAACCAUCAUGUACACAGGGAUGUCAAAAGUGCAAAUAUCCUGUUAGAUGAAAAUCUUGUGGCAAAAAUCUCAGACUUUGGCCUCACAAGAGCUUCGGCCAAGCACACCUCGACAACCAUGAUGACAGAGAGGAUUGUGGGUACUCGUGCAUAUAUGGCACCUGAGGCACUGAGAGGAGAAGUCACCCCCAAAUCUGACGUCUUCAGCUUUGGUGUGGUGCUGUUAGAAAUAUUAUCUGGACUCGCUCCGGCCAAUGAGAACAAGGAGCCUCAGCUGCUGAUGGAGAUCAGGUACGACAUCGAUGAUGAAGAUGAAGAGCUGACUCUGGAGGAUUUUGUGGAUAAGAAGAUGAGCGACUGGGAGCUGAGCCAGGUGGAGACCAUCUACUGUUUGGCUUCGAACUGCUUACAUGACCGAAAGAACAGACGGCCGGUCAUCAAACAGGUUGUGUCAGAGAUCCGCAGCGUUGUCAAGAAUGUUUCUCUGGAUGCUCAGAAAUAAAACUAACCCAGAGGAAACGGUUCAUCUGCACAAGCUUGUUAUAGAAUAUCAUUUCUUCCUGAUGUGUUUUUAUAAAGCACAGAGCUUAAAUAACCCUGAAAGUUGUUUUAGAUCAAUAUUGUUGCUGUAAUAAACAGAAUGACACCAUCUGA